AUGGAUUUUAUAAUUUUGUCCAGCUCCGCACCAGUGAAUGGGGAGUGGAGCCUAUCUAGUUGGGAAGGAGUCAACGAAGCCUGUUGUAAAAGAAACACAUUGUUACGCCAGACAAAUGAGUUAGAGGUAGGAUGGCUGGAAGAUAUCAACAUCGAGACAGGAGCAUGGCGCCGGGUCUCACAGGAUGGCUGUCGAGGUGCUCCAGGCAGCCUUCCUGUGAAUCCUGGCACCUCUUACCAGCGCUGGCAGCAAAUCUCCUUCUUCCUGUGGAUCCACACUGCCCGCACCCACCAAGACCGACUGGGACUCCUGAGCUAUGAGUAUUGGGGGUAUCUGACCUUUGGUGUGUCUGUUUCUACAACAAUGAAUGGAGAAAAUGGGACAUUAGUGACAGAAUUUAUUCUGCUGGGGAUGCCAUUUACCUAUGAGUUUCAGGUCUUACUAUUUAUGGUCCUUUCCACCUGCUAUGCAAUUACUUUAGUUGGUAAUGCAACAAUAAUUGUAGUUAGCCUGACCGAUGCAAGACUUCACACACCAAUGUACUUCUUUCUCAGUAACCUAGCCUUCCUGGACAUUAGUUUUAUAUCUGCUAUUGUCCCUAAAGUACUUUUUAAUUUAAUUAGUGGGAGCAAGACCAUUUCUUUUUAUGGGUGUCUUGCUCAGUCAUAUGUCUAUUUUCUGUUGGGCACAACUGAGUUUCUGCUUCUGGCUAUAAUGUCUUUUGAUCGCUAUGUUGCUAUUUGUCAUCCUUUGCACUAUGGCACUAUCAUGAAACCAAAAUUCUGCCUAAAGCUAAUUUUUUAUUCUUGGCUAGGAGGCUUUAUGGACACAAUAGUCCAGACUGUCCUUACAUUCCGCUUGCCAUUUUGUGAUUCAAAUGUUAUUAACCACUACUUUUGUGAUGUGGCACCUUUGCUUAAAUUAGCCUGUGGAAACACAUAUAUUAUUGGGAUGUUAGACUUUAUACUGGCUUCCUCUUUAGUCUUAGGAUCGUUGUUCUUUUCCUUGGUCUCAUAUGGCUGCAUUAUCUCUGCUAUAGUUAAAAUUUCAUCAGCUUUUGGACGAAAGAAGACAUUCUCUACAUGUGCAUCCCACCUUACUGUAGUCUUCAUUGUUUAUGGCAGUUGUAUCUUCAUGUGUGUCCGUCCCUCUAAAAAUUCUAAGGUGGAUUCCACAAAAAUUAUUGCAUUGUUGAACAGCAUAGUGACACCACUUCUUAAUCCUUUUAUAUAUAGCUUUAGAAACAAGACCUUUAAAGAGGCACUUAAGCACACAGUAAAAAACAGAGCCCCGUUCCACAGCCAAAGUUUUAAACCAUCUUAA